GGAAAACAACGUUGGUAUUUAUGUGAACAGAAGUUUCCAUUUGCUUCUGUUUUUGUUUUUUGCAAUCUAACUUAUAAAGCCACGUAAACAGACUCUGUCAUUUCCUCCGCAGACAGUCCUCCUGGCCAGCGUCUCUUCCUGAGGAGCGGCAGACGCACUCCACGUCCAUCAGCGCGCGCAGUGACGCGGACACCUCCUGCAGUCACCCUGAAAUAUCAGCCAUUAAUUGCAGACUUGAAGUGAUCAUUUGUCAUCACCACUUUCCACAUUUUGGACCUUUAAAAAGGGAUCCUGCUGACGUGCAGCUGGAUCAGGAGGGGCAGGAAGCGUAACUUAGAGUCAGCACCUGGCUGGACGCUCCGUUCCAAUCUGCGUGAAAUCGAGAUGUUUUAGAGUCAAACCGAGCUUUUUGAUUCAACUUUCUACUUUUCCAUUUAUAAUGGGUGGAGAAUGCAUAUGUUGUACGUGGAUUUGCAGACCUCUGUGGACACUUUUUAUUCUUUUGGCUGCAACACCUUGUUUCCUGCACUGCUCUGAGAACCCUGCAGCAGUUGGUGGGAAAAUGUAUCCGAGAGGUAAUCAUUGGGCUGUUGGUCAUUUAAUGGGAAAGAAAAGCAUCAUGAGCCUGCCUGAUGUGCAGUCCAAAGUGGUCAGGAUCUCGAACCGGCUUGAUGGAGCCCUGGAUGCUGGGAAUAGUGCAGAACAGACGACGCCUGAGAGGCUGCAUCAGCUGCAGAGCAGCAUAAGAGAGGAAUUGGGGAUCAAGUACCCCAGAGAGGUCAGACUGAAGAUUGACCCUAUUACACGUAUCGUCCAAUCCUUCAAAAAUAUGCUCCGGGACCACGACUCCUCCUGAAGGGAAGAACAAUGAAAUUCAAGAGCGGCCAUCAGUUGUAGUAACCCAUGGGGUUUCUGCUAAAUGUAGGUCUGCUGUAAAUGAGAAAAUCUGACAUGACUGUGCUAAUGACUAAAGUAAAAUAAAGUUAAAGUUGUGAUAAAUGCA